AUGAGUCUGGAAGAGUUGAUACCACCAAACCAUUCCAAGUCUUACCUAUAUUCCAUCUUCAUCAGAACAGGGCUGGUACUCUCCACCCUGGUUAUUGGUCUCUCUGUUCCCUUUUUUGGUCUGGUGAUGUCAUUGAUUGGAUCAUUACUCACAAUGCUUGUUACUUUGAUACUACCCUGUGUUUGUUUCCUAAAAAUCUUGCGGACCAAAGUGACACGAGUACAGGCAGCACUUUGCAUUACAAUCAUCACAGUAGGUAUUGUGUGUUCUGCUUUUGGAACAUACUCUGCCCUCUCAGAGAUUGUUAAGAGUUUGAGGGGAUGA